UUUACCUUUGGCUAUGGACGAUACGGGCAGCUGGGCCAUGGCAACUGCGAUGACCUCUCUGUGCCCCGAACUGUUCUCGACUUGUGUGGAUCAAAAGUGAGCCAAGUGGCCUGCGGGAGGUGCCACACCCUAGUUUACAUCCCAUCUCAGGGUCAGCUCUAUGCAUUUGGCCAAGGAAUGUCCGGCCAACUUGGCAUAAAGACGCCACAGAACCGCAACCUUCCGCAAGUGGUGGUGGGACCCUGGCUCUCCCCUCGAGGAGUGAGCCUCCUGGACACGAGCGAGGAGGAGGAAAGUCCCAGAAUCUACGUGAAGAGAAUAUACUCAGGAGGAGACGCAAGCAUGGUAACUGUAACCCGAGAAGCAGGGUCAGCCGACGAUUUCUGCAAGAUGCCCCUCUUCCAAGUGCCACUCCAGAUUGAGGAGAAUAAUAUCAACAAGAUGGUCUCAACUGGCGAGGAGGACAUGGUCGAUGAUGAUCUGUUUUCGUACAUGGAAACUGCGCUGGGGUCUGUGGCCUGUUGGAACAUCUCAUUCUUAAAGGAAGGCUCCGCAAAACACAGCCAUGGGCUUGACUUCAGAAAGGCAGAGGACUGUUUAGCAAAGUUGGGACGUGUGACCAGAGAGUCUUUUAUAGAAAUUAUCCAGACAAGCUUAGAGAGCGUCGUCAAAGAGCUGCCGCUAAAACCCAUCACCCUGGAUGGGCUGCGGUGUUUCAUGCUCCUCCCCCUGCUGCAGAACUUCAACGAUGCGCGGCACAUGAGGAGUGUGCACCUACCCUAUGCUGAGGCAGUUCUUGGGUUGGAUAAGGCCAAGGCAGUGGUCUUCAAGAAGUGGCUCAAAGACCUGCCAAAUGACUUCAUGAGCCGCCUCUUGAGCAUCUACAAAGGGGUUGUGGUGCAGAUUCUCAAGGACGCCAAUGCCAAUUCCUCGGAGAUUGAGAGGCGAGUCCUGCAGGCUUCCUUGCGGUUCCUGGCCCUCCUGCACGAAGGAGAACCACAAGGACACGGCCAAAUCCACGCGGCUGCCGUACGAGGAUUUCUACAUCCCCGAGAUCGCCGAGAAGAUAGACAUCCGCAAGACUACCUGAACUGGAUCCGCUCCAAAACCCUGGCCAAUGUAAAAAUAGAUGGGCCAAUCUCGUUCUGUGAAUAUCCCUUCUUGUUUGAUGCCCAAGCGAAGACACUGUUGUUGCGCUGUGAUGCCACCAGACAGAUGCAAGGUGCCAUCCAAGAGGCGGUCUACAACAGCAACCCGAUGAUCUGGCUGAUAAACCCCUCGGAGGUGCAGUUCCUCAACAUCCACAUCCACCGUGACAACAUUGUCCAGGACACAAUCACGCAACUGAUGGACCACAGAGUCACGGACUACAAGAGGCCUCUGAAGGUGCGUUUCAUCGGUGAAGAAGCGGAGGAUGCAGGUGGCGUACGCAAGGAAUUCUUCCUCCUGCUCUUGCGAGAAAUACUGAAACCAGAUUAUGGCAUGUUCACACACCACAGUGAGACCAAUUUAAUCUGGUUCAAGGAGGGGUCGCUUGAACCAGCAGCGACGUACGCUCUCAUUGGUAUUGUGUGUGGUCUUGCAAUCUACAAUUUCACCAUUAUAAACCUUCCAUUUCCACUCGCACUAUAUAAGAAGUUACUCGGGGAGUCUGUGGGCUUGGAUAACCUCGCGGACUUGGAGCCGAGUCUGACAAGGAACCUCCAUGAAUUACUGGAGUAUGAGGGCAGUGAUGUAGAAGAUGUGUAUGGGCUGAACUUCACGGUGACCCAAGACUUCUUUGGGGAGACCAAGAGCAUCCCACUCAAGCCCGACGGCGAGAAUAUUCCAGUCACAUCGCAAAACAAGCAAGAAUAUGUGGAUCUCCUGGUGGACUACAAGCUCAACAAGAGUAUAGAGAGCCAGUACAAGGCCUUCCAUGACGGGUUCUAUCGGGUGUGCGGUGGGAUUGUGCUCAAGCUCUUCCAGCCUAUGGAACUCAUGGCCCUUGUCACUGGCAACGAGAACUAUGACUGGACGGAGCUAGAGAGGAGUGCCGAGUAUAAGGGAGAAUAUUAUCCUGACCAUCAUGUCAUCAAGAUGUUCUGGGAGGUGUUUCAUGAAUUGACGGUGGACCAGAAGAAGCAGUUCCUCAUUUUCCUGACGGGUACUGACCGUAUACCCAUCCUGGGCAUGAAGUCUCUGAAGGUAAUCAUCCAGUCGACAGCCGAUGACUCAUACCUCCCAGUCGCCCACACGUGUAUUGCCCAGCUUGACUUGCCCGUUUAUAACACCAAGGAGAAACUGCGGUACAAGUUGCUACAGGCCAUCCAGCAGAGUGAAGGCUUCGGCUUGGUGUAAGCGCGGGGGAAAAGUUGAUAGAUAUGUAGAUAUUGUUUUGAAAGAAAUAUUUAAAGGUUGAAUGCACAGAUAAAAGCCAUUGUGAAUGGUGUGAUCAGUGGAAUCGGUCACUGAAUUUGUAGAAAAUGCUUUUGCUCUUCAAGUUCCGUGAUUUGUGAGAUAGCAUAGCAUUUGGUUGUCUUUAAGCAUAUGCCAGGAAAGAGAAAAAAGGAAAAAAAAAAAGAGAUGUGGUGGUUCUUCAGUGUGGAUUCUUGUGAUACUGACUGUGAAUGUGAACAACUGACAUCUUUUUCUGGAUGCGUAAUGAAGUGCCAGUUAUGUGCCUCAUAAUAUCCUUGGAUUUAACCAUGCGGGACAGAGGGAACAGAGGGAGAGGGAGAGAAAGGGGGGAGGUUAAAGUCAGACUUAAGGGGGGGUGGGGGAAAGGGGGAAAGUAUUAGAUUUUAACUUAUUUUUUUUCCUGUUUGUGUCUUCGCAGUGAUGUCUUUCUUGUCAGAUGCUAAAUGCAAGUGGUGAAGUGUGUUUAGCUUUUGGCCAAGUCUGUUUAAAGCUUAUAAUGCUAGUCUUUAUUUUGAUAAGAAAUCUUUUUAUGUUUGAUCUCUUAUAAAGUUAUUUACAUUUUAAUAAAAAAAAAUGUAUGUAUUUUUUGUUCUUGUAUUUUGUUUGGAAUGUUUGGUAGAAAAGUGAUAAAUAUAUUGUAUGUUUACUGAGAUAUUGUAUAUAACAAACACAAUUUCAAAGGUUGUACAUUUUUUUUUUCUAACCAUCUCAUCAAUCAAUAAAAAAUUUAGUAAAGAAAGUGAUAAUGAAAAAUAUGAAAAUGAGAAAGAAAAAGAGGAAUGAAGUACUUUUCCUUUACUCAGUACAUUUCAAUUCAACGGAAACACAUCUUUUAUUUAUCUUCUCAGUGCUCUCAGUCCUUUGCAGUAGAACAGUUUAGUCUCCCUUGUGAGAAAUGGGAAGUGAUCCAGAGGAGAAUUUGUAUGCUAAUGUGAGACCGUCUCCUCGUGUAGAUUAAUAAUGAAAGGCAAUCAGAAGAGGGUGGAAAUUGAUUCUAGUUUGAUUUGGACAGAGAGAGACACAGACGCAGAGACACGGACAGAUGGAUGGAUGGACAGGAGGACAGAAAGAGACAGACAGACGGAAAGUGACAGACAGUGACAGACAGUGACAGACAGACAGUGACAGACAGACAGACAGACAGACAGACAGACAGACAGACAGAUAGACAGGCAGGCAGAGAAAAAGAC